ACAGCACGAACUGGAACGCGCGAACGUAUGUUCUCGCGAUAUUUAAAGAUGAACGUAUCGCACGUAGCCAGGGUGGAAAUGCGAUCUAGUUUGGUAACGUCUUUCAUUUGAAUUAAUGUCUAUUUUUGAAAAGAAGCUUUGAAAACUUCGAGAAAUCCAUUCAUAUCUGAACUAGAGCAAUUGUUAUCUUAAAGUGCAGUUCUGGCUGGAAAAGCAUCGAUUCCACUUCCUCAACUCUAAGCAAUCACCAUGAUGGAAGUAGCAGACAAUGUUCCACCAGGCUGUCAAAUGUCCUGCUCGUUUUAUGGGUGCAAGAGGACCUACAACAGUCCAGAAGCAUUGAAUAGUCAUCUUCAGGACCAUCAAAAGAACACUGCCCAGUCUCUUCCAGGAAAAGCUUUCCUGUGCUCUCAAAUAGGAUGUGAUGGUUCAUUCAACAACAUGCAGCAGCUCAUGGAACAUAUGAGACACCAUCACAAGCCAAAUUAUUUUUUCUUGUGCGAGAGCUGCAGGGCCAAACUGCGUUCUUACCGCACUCUCCUCAAACACCUGCAGACCUGUGCCAAGGUUGCUAAGAAUAAGGCUGCAGUAAAGACAGAGCCUGACGCAGAGCCCACCGGUGUUACUCUCACUUCUGGUGACAUGGAACCAUCUGGACCCAUCUUAGCCCCAAAUAUACCCGAGGAGAUGGAGUCUAUGCCAUCUAUGCCCUCUUUAGCAACACAUUCAACACCGGCAAACAUGCCAGUAACCCAGCGGCCCCCAGAAAACAGUGCUUUCGCUAACCUGACCCCUGCAGGCCCUGCAUCUCUGCUCCUUGCCACUCUAAAUUCUGCCUCGACCCAAAAUCUUCCUUGCAAACCAGAAUCCCCCUACAGCCCCUUUCCACCCACUCUGUCUCCUGUUAACCCAGCUAUCCUGCCAGAUCCAGGGCAGCAGCAGCAGCAGCAGAGGUCUCCCAGGUCUGGUCCUCCCAGUCUGCCCUCUUCACCGCCCCUGCCGUCAUCGCCAGGAUCAAAUGCAGUCUGGAGGAAGAACCAAGCUCAGUCCUUCAACUGCCGCAUCCUGUGGGAACACACAAGAGGGCGAUACAGCUGCCUACAGUGUGGCCACUGCACCCCAGACCGGGGGGAGAUGACCGCUCACAUUGAAGGCCAGCACAGGAACCCAGGUGGCAAAGUGAACGGUGAUCAUGAUACAGAGAUUGGCACUGCUUCUUUACUGGCUAAGACUUCACUGCACACUGAGAACUCAACUUAUACACAGCUCUAGCAUGAAAUGAGAUACGAAACCUGCUGAUUGACAAAGAAAUUUUGUUGUAGCUUUUUAUACAGAGAGAGCAACUCAGUGUUUUCAUUUGACUGUUAGUGUGGACUUCAAGAAUCUCUAUGAUCUGGAUCUGUCACAAGUUCUGCAUGCCUUGUCUUCAGUAAGCAUUUGUCAGUCAUCUUAGAAAAAGACUUGUUAGGUUUCAUUAUAUAAUUUGGAAUUGCAUAUAAAUAACCUGAGUAAUGUUGUAAUAUUAUGUCACCUACAUUUUUUUUAAAAUCUUUUUGCAGGAGGCUGUAUCUCCAGAACCGUAUUCAUGUUUAAAAAAGAAAUCUUGGCCACUUGUAAUUGUUUCUGUAGUGUUUACUACCUGCAAAUAAAGCCUGUUAGAAAAAAUGAAAAA